AUGCAAAAGCGCAGUGAAUUCACUGUCGAGGAAGUCAAACGCCUUAACGUUGAACUUCAACAGCAACUAGGCCCUGAGUUUUUGCGCCAACGUACUGGACCUGGUGGGAAAUUCACGUAUAUUGAAGGACAAUCUGCCAUUCAACUUGCGAAUGAACAUUUUGGGUUCAACGGUUGGUCGUCAGAGCUGCGCAGCAUGACAGUGGAUUUCGACGUUGGUUAUGGCCAAAUGGAACAUAGCAAGAGCAAAGCUGCUGCCAUGGAAAAGGCCAGGAAGGAAGCUGUCACCGAUGGCAUGAAACGCGCAUUACGUAUGUUUGGCAAUGUGUUGGGCAACUGUAUCUACGACAAGAACUAUACCAGCCACAUACAGUACAUGAAAGCACCAGCGAUUAAAUUCGAUCCGAAGAAUCUUUAUCGCGACAAGCGAUACCUUGCACAGCAGCAACAGCAACAACAACAACAAAAGGAACAAGAGUGCAAACCACAACAGUCAUCGCCAUCACAAAAACAACAAGCCAACAGCAACAUGUCAUCAUCAUCCACCAUGGUUGCUAGCACGUAUACCAACAAUAACAACAAUCAUCAGCAACAGGCAACAGCCCCAUCCAAACCACCACCACCUCUCACUCGAUCUGCAUCACGGCAAAAGCAGCAGCAGCAGCAGCAGAAGCCUACUACCACUACCACCAAAACUGCACCUCCUCCAUCCUUUUCUGCACCUGCAAAAAGACCUGCUAAUAAUGAGGUUCCUACCGUGAGCCCGUUACCACCCAACCAACCUCCACCGCUACGAAGCACACUUUCCCGAGACGACAGCUUUUCUAUGGACGGUGACGAGGACUUUUACGCAGAAGUCAUUGCCCAGGAAAAGGACUUUGACAAGCCGGAUAUCGAGAGCCAGCCCAUAGAUGAACCUGCAUUACAGCCAGCGUCGUCUUCUACUGCUAGCCGUGCUACUUCUUGCACCGCUCGCAAGCUAAUUAAAAGCCAUCGAUAUUCUGAAAUAUUCACCGACAACGACGACCCUGCUACUGACAACGUUUUAGUCAUGACCACCACCUCCAACAAUACCAAUCGUGCAAUUGUCAAUGUCGUGAUGCCCAUUGAGGGCAUGACGUGUAAUUCCUGCGUAAAGGCCCUUACGUUAGCCCUGAACCAGCUCGACGGCGUUUAUUCGGUCCAAGUCAGUCUUGCAGAAGCACAAGCCCAUGUAGAAUUUGACGCCAGUCGUUUGAGUCACCCCAAGAUUGUCGAAGCGAUUGAAGACUGCGGAUUCGACGUGCCAUUACAACAACAAGACAUGACCACAGUGUUGCCAGUGCAAGGCAUGACUUGUCAGUCGUGCGUUAAAUCAAUUACUAAUGCACUGAGGGGUAUACCGGGCUUGGUAUCCAUUGAUGUGAGUCUUGCCAACGAAAACGCCACGGUUGUACAUGACCCAAGCCUGCUUUCACGAGACUCUAUUGUCACAGCCAUUGAAGAUUGUGGGUUCGAUGUCCCGGGCAACGACGGAAAUAGUAACAAUAAUAACGUCGACAACCAUGACGAUGACCAAAAUGGCAACGAUAACGAGACGGCACUUUUAAUAAAAUCAGUAGCACCGUCGUCGUCAGCAACGGCCGCAGCAGUAGCGGAGACUAUAUCGGCACAGCUUGAAGUGCGUGGGAUGACCUGUGCUUCAUGCGUCAACAGCAUCGAACGGGCUGUGAGUGCACAGCCAGGCAUCGUCGCCAUCAAAGUGUCACUCUUGGCUGAGCGGGCGACGGUUGAAUUCAAUCCUUCCACGACGAGCGUAGAGCAGAUUGCCGAUAUGAUUGAGGACGUUGGAUUUGAAGCCAAGCCGAUCCUGCAGAAACGAGAUGACACGGUCCAGCUGCAGAUUUUUGGCAUGACAUGCGCCAGCUGUGUACACAGCAUCGAGAUGGGCGUCGGCAAAUUACCUGGCGUGCAUUCUAUCGCAGUCAACUUGAUGACGGAACUGGCCAUCAUCCACUAUGAUAACACGAUACUGGGGCCACGCAAUCUGGUGGAAGCAAUUGAAGAGCUCGGAUUUGACGCACUCAUGUCGGAUAACAUCAAGAAUACCCAGCUCGAGAGCUUGUCCAAGAUCCGCGAAAUCAAAGAGUGGCGCUCGGCGUUAUGGAAGAGCGCAUUGUUCUCAGUGCCGGUGUUCUUCAUUGCAAUGGUCAUGCCCAUGACGUCCUGGGGUCGUCAUAUCAUCGAUGCUUCAAGGAUAGUGCCUGGCUUGUAUUUCACAGACAUCCUACAGCUAGUGCUCACCAUACCUGUCCAAUUUGGCGUCGGCAAACGGUUCUUAAAGUCGGCCCUUGUGUCUAUCAAGCAUCGUUCACCUACCAUGGAUGUCCUGGUGUCCAUCUCGACCCUGGCCGCAUUCGUGUUUUCUAUCCUCUCCAUAGUCCGUGCCGUCUGUAUCCAGUCGGAACACCAUCCUGUUGUGUUUUUCGAAACGUCUUCCAUGCUGAUCGCAUUCAUUUCCAUGGGUCGUCUACUGGAAAAUCUUGCAAAGGGCCAAUCGUCCUCGGCUUUGUCCAAACUCAUGUCACUCACACCGCCCACGGCAUUGAUGUUGACCAUGGAUCCAAAGACCAAUGCCGUGAUUUCGGAGAAGCGUAUCCCUUCGGAAUUGAUUCAGCAAGACGACUUUUUAAAGAUCCUGCCAGGUGACAAGGUCCCUACGGAUGGAACGGUGUAUUCUGGCUCAUCGACGCUCGACGAAUCCAUGGUCACAGGUGAAGUCGAUGCCGUGUCCAAAAAGGUUGGCGAUACUGUCAUUGGUGGUACGGUCAAUGGUCCGGGCACAUUCAUUAUGCAGGCCACGCGCGUUGGAUCAGAUACGGCCCUCAGCCAGAUUGUCAAACUAGUUGAAGAUGCACAAUUGAGCAAGGCACCUAUUCAAGGCUUUACGGAUGUCGUUGCUGGCUACUUUGUUCCGUCGGUCAUUGGGCUAGGCUUGGCCACAUUGCUGGUUUGGACUGUACUGGUGGUGCUGUUGGGCGUAGACAGUAUGCCUGCGAUGCUAAAGUCGGAAAUACAAGAUGAGGGCGACGGCAACUGGUUUUUCGUAUGUCUCAAAAUGUGUAUCAGUGUCAUUAUUGUGGCAUGUCCCUGUGCCUUGGGCUUGGCUACACCGACCGCGGUCAUGGUGGGCACGGGUGUCGGUGCGCAGAACGGCGUACUGUUCAAGGGUGGCGCUGUGUUGGAGAAUGGACAACGGGUCAAUACGGUUGUGUUUGACAAGACCGGCACGCUCACGCAAGGCAAGCUCCAGGUGACAAGGUCCACGAGCUGGAUCGAAGAGGUUUCGCAGGAUCAGUUGCUGGUGAUGGCCGCUAUUGCAGAAACGCACAGUGAGCAUCUGGUGGGAAAGGCAGUGGUGGCCAAGGGCAAGCAAUUGUCUGGCGUGGAUGUACUGGAGAUCCUGGCAGCUGUCUCUGGGUUCAGGAGCGAGACUGGCUUUGGCAUUGAAUGCCACUUGCACGUGCACCAACAGCGACAGAGCCUGCUGUCCGAUCUUUCUGGUGGCACACACUUGAUUCUCGUCGGCAACCGUCGAUGGUUGGAAGACUACAAUGGGAUGAACCUGACAGCAGAGCAGGCCAAAGAAAUCGAGACAGAGGAGGCGCAGGGUCAUACGUGCAUUGUUGUGGGCUGGAACGGCAUGGUCGCUGGUUACAUCUCGCUCGCAGAUGUGCUCAAGCCCGAAGCAAGAAAGGUUGUCGCCACUCUGCAUAGCAUGGGUAUGCGCACAGCUGUGGUGACGGGUGACAAUGCCUUGACGGCACGAUCCAUUGCACGUCAAGUUGGUAUUGAAGAAGUCCACGCAGGCGUAUCACCCAACGGCAAGACACAGUUGGUUCAAGAGAUCCAAGCUCGACCCUUUGUUCCCUUGGGCAGCAGCAAGCGAUCGAUGUGGGGCAGCAAAACAAAGCAGACGGUCGUGGCGAUGGUUGGCGACGGUGUGAACGAUUCGCCAGCACUGGCAGCAGCAAGCUUGGGCAUUGCACUGAGCAGUGGCACCGACGUUGCCAUUGAGGCAGCGGAUGUUGUCUUGAUGCGCAGCGACCUAUCCGAUGUGGUGGCAGCCCUCGAUUUAUCACGCACGAUAUUCCGGCGGAUUCGUAUCAACCUGAUUUGGGCGUGCAUCUACAAUGUGAUCGGCAUACCUCUGGCCAUGGGUAUCUUUAUGCCGUGGGGAUACCACCUGCAUCCAAUGAUGGCCGGUCUGGCAAUGGCAGCAAGUUCGACGAGUGUUGUGGUCAGCAGUCUGAUGCUCAAAUGGCUCUGGCGCAAACCGCCACUGGUGGACGACUACGACGAGCAGUCAACAUCGCCCGGCGUGUCUGUGCCUGGAAUCUUUGCUCGUGCUUGGGAGCACGCUGGCCGCUUAAUAACCGGGCAGCGAGGCGGCUACCGAGUUGUUGCUUCGGGCAACCCGUCGUACGAUCUGGAAAGCCUCACACCGUUGCAACAGCAACAAUUGUAA